AACUCCUCUCUCACGCACUCAUCACGUCAGAUCUCUCUCACGCUCUUCACUCUCAUUCUCUGAUUUCUCUCAGUCUCUCACGAUACACCACAACUCCACAAGCACUCUCACCCAUCAACGUGCACCACCACCGGCCACCACCACGCCGGCCGCCGCACCACCACUGUCCAGCCGUGCCUCUGGCUCUGCGGUUCUACAGGCUACUGCUAUAAGUGGAUACACUAGCAACUCUGCUUCUGCCAAGAAGUGCAGAAAGAAGAAGGAUGGUCAAUUUCUCAAUAAGUAAUGCUAGAUAUACUUAUGAGCAUGAUCAGAAAUAUCCUUCUGAAUAUGCUGAUAUACAUCAUAUAGUUCUGAGGAGUAGUGCAAAAUAUUUUUUUGUGUAUGCCCUAGCACUUCUUGUAUUAGCAUGUGCCUGCUAUCUAUAUGUUCUUAAGGAACAAUCAAUUAGUCUUGUGUAUUUCAGCUUGCUUUUUGACAUAUUUCUCGUCAAGUUGUUACUUCCCAAGCCUGUUAAGAAAGAGUCUGUUAUAAUUAUACCAGCUUUUGGGGUACAGCUUGAGACUCAGUAUGUGAGUGGAAAGGUCACCCGGUGCUUUGUUCCCAUUGACAAGAUUCUGAAACCUGUUCUUGUAGAAUGUGUGACUCCAGUGACUUGUUACUGGACUCUGUCCUUGAUUGUUCGUGGGGAAUCGGAAGUCGUGUUGGUUUUCAAGAACUUCCGACCACCGGUGAAAAUGCUAGUCCAUGUCUGGAAGGCCCUUCGUGUGGCCACUGAUUGUAAAGAAGAAACUUGUGCACCUGCACCGUGAAUGAUGAACAUCUAUGGUUAUGCCGAUUCUCGACGCCUUUGAUAUGAUCUGAAGUUUGGGGUGUUUUCUUCAAUGGCGUGAUAUAUGAAAUCUGUAUCAAGUGCAUUUCAGUCUCUCACAGGGUAUUUUGUAAUCAUUAUUUUUUGCUGGUAUUUUGUUACCAAAAUUUAGCCCAAAUUCAAACAUGAUAGGGGCCACGUUGAUAGUGUACGUAUCAUUCUGGAUUUCCCUGCUAAGAGCGGGUUUUUCUCACUAAAUGAUUUUUUUUUGUUACAUUGAAUUUUGUUUUUACAAAUGUAAAGAUAAUUGUAAAGAUAAUUGGAUGUUAUUCAUAAAGUUUUGUAAACGAAAUUAUUUCA